AGGUAAUCAUCUUCCGUGUUUAGGCGCAAAAAGAAAAUUCCUGUGUCUGACUUCUGCUCGCGUCUCCGAAAUCACCACAGUGGGAGCAGACGACGACGACUCCUCCGCUGUGAAGUCGAACAGCUUUUGGUUGCCCCUUCACGACAUCAUCGUAUCCCGAAGCCCUGUAAGAAGGCGGCGGUCGUUGAUCAUGAAGAACGACGGCAAGAACAUCGUCUCAUGGAAACGGAGGGAGCUCCCGCUCUUGGUGCUGUACGCGCUCGUGUUCUACGCCGUCAUCAUACGGCGCUCUUUCCAGUUCUCUCGUGAUUACUCGUUGAAUCUCGAUGGACUCCGACCUGGCUGGAUCGCCCACAGACUCAAUGACUUAUCGGAUGCCCAGUGGAGAAACUUUCGUGGAAAUUUGCCUAUCCUCACCGUCGUUUUUGGAAUUUUUGCAUUUGUUGCCAAUAGCACAAGAGUACUUUUUCAUUUGAAAGCGCGGGGGAUGUCCAACGUGUGGCUUCUGAUUUCUUUAGCUUACCUGCUUUACCUACAUGGAGCAUGCACUGUGUUUGUCUUGUCAAUUGCUUCACUUAACUUUCUUCUUGUGAAGAUAUUUGUGAAGACAAAGUACUUUUCACUUAUGCUGUGGUCUUUUUCCAUUUUUUUUCUUCUAUGUAAUCGUGUUUAUGAGGGGUACUCUUUUUCUUUGUUCGGGCAACGCUGGAUCUUCUUGGACAACUUUCGGGGAGUUUUUCGCUGGCAAAUUUGCUUUAACUUCGUAAUUUUGCGAAUGGUCAGUUUUGGAUAUGAUUACUGCUGGGCCUGUCGAGGUUCGGGAUUUAAUCAGAAGGAAAAAAGUGUUCCAAGUGAUAAGUAUUCCUUUGGAAUAUACCUGUGCUAUUUGAUAUAUGCACCUCUCUACAUCUCAGGGCCAAUUAUAAGCUUCAAUGCAUUUGCUUCACAGCUGGAGACGCCACAGAAGAAUUAUGCGCUUAAAGACAUAGUUCUCUAUGGAGUCCGAUGGAUAUCGAGUCUUCUCCUUAUGGAACUUAUGACUCAUUUCUUCUAUUACAAUGCCUUUGCAAUCAGUGGCUUGUGGAAGCAGUUAUCAGCCAUGGAUGUAUUUAUCAUUGGCUACGGAGUUUUAAACUUUAUGUGGCUGAAGUUUUUUCUGAUCUGGCGAUAUUUCCGCCUUUGGUCACUGAUAUGUGGGGUUGAGGCUCCUGAGAAUAUGCCAAAGUGCAUCAACAAUUGCUAUAAUCUGGAAAGUUUUUGGAAAAGUUGGCAUGCAUCCUAUAACAAAUGGCUUGUAAGGUACAUGUACAUUCCUCUAGGAGGUUCUCAGAGAAAAAUACUCAACAUAUGGGUUAUAUUCACAUUUGUAGCAUUGUGGCAUGACCUCGAAUGGAAACUUCUAUCGUGGGCUUGGUUGACUUGUUUGUUCUAUGUUCCAGAACUGGUACUUAAGUCAGUGGCAAAUGCAUUUCAGGUUGAAAACGCUCUUGGGGAGUUAUUCUUUCGAGAAGUCAGUGCAACUGCUGGUGCUGUCACAAUCACUUGCCUCAUGGUUGCAAAUCUUGUAGGCUUUGUGAUUGGACCAUCUGGAAUCAGUUGGUUAAUUGCUCGAUUCCUUCAUAAAGAAGGAUGGCCUAUCCUUGUUGGCAUGUUCUUGACGUUCUAUGUGGGGACCAAGCUCAUGUUUCAUAUCCAGGACGCCAAACGGAAAGGACGGUGAAUCAGACACCAUGAUUUGAAAGGGUUGUACUCAAUUGCACCACUGCACAGUAGGAUUGUUUAGCAAUGGAUCACGGAGAAGAGCAUUGAUGAAAUUUCUUGACAUACUGGCCUCAGCAUCAGAGGUAACUUGGAGAGGCAUUCUAUGACUACUCUCGGCACUUGGUGGGAGAGUCGGUUUGUUAGCCUUGUAUGGACUGGUAACCCUUCAAUGCUCGUGAAUGGUGGUGGUGCUGCUGAGAACUAUUUUUGUAUAACUUUGUUUCAUCCUAGUCAAUUGAUUGCAAUGUAAGAUAUAGUUAUCUAUGCAGCACGAACAAAUCAGAAACAGAUGCACAUGAAAAUGAGAUCUGUCAGUUCUCUCUUUCAACAUUUAGUUGUAUGAAAUAUCGAAUCAAACGGGUAAUAAGGCCAUUUAUUUUGGGUCGAAGUAUUAAGGCCAUUUAUGAAGAACUUUUUCCUGCA